GACGGAAUCUCCCGCAGCAUCACUCAGACACGAGCGCUCUUUCCUCCCGCAAACCGAGAUCGCGCCCGCCAAUUCAUUCCCAAUGGCUACUACGACAGCGACAGAAAAUAGCUUUGUGCUUCACGUCGACUCGGCAUACGGACCUAUAUCUCGCACAGUACAAAAAAGCCCUCCACGGGAUGCCCAACCAGGCGAAGUCCCCGUCAUCGACGUAUCGGGGAUGUUCAGUGAUGAGCUCUCAAAGCGUCAAGCCGUGGCCGCUGAAGUCCGCAAGGCUUGCACAGGAAUGGGAUUCUUUUACAUCAUAAACCACAAAGUCCCUGACUCCAUCACGGAGGCGCUCGCAGAAGCCUCUCGAGAUUUUUUCCACCAGUCGAUCGAGGAGAAGAAUAAAGUCUCCUUCGAGCAUCAGAUUGAGGGGUAUCAAGGGCUCAAUCAAGAGCAAAUCAAUAAGAGCGAGUCGAUUGACGUCUUCGAGAAACUGAAGAUAACAUAUCGUCCGUCCAUGGACCCGGUAUCCAAGCUCGAUGGCUCUUCAACAAGUGGCUACCAAGAAUUUCCAUGGGAGAAAACAGCCUCAGUGCCAUCGCUCGAAGUUGCGUACAAAAAGUUCUUCGCCACUCGGCUCGUUCUAGCCAGGCAACUGCUUCAGAUAAUGGCCCUGGCCUUAGAUUUGCCAGAAGAUUAUUUCGAUGCCAAGGUCGCUCAGCCACAGGCUGCAGUUACGCUCAAUUAUUAUCCUGGUAAAGCGGAAGGUGAAGAGAGAACUGAGCCGGCCGGUUUGGGAUCCCACACAGACUUCAGCCUUAUCACUCUCCUCUGGCAAGAUGACGCUGGCGGACUGCAGAUCCUGUCCCCUGAGGGAGAGUGGAUCAAAGCCAAGCCAAUCCCUGGUUCUCUGGUUUGCAACGUGGGAGACAUGAUGACGAUGAUCACGGGAGGUAAAUUUAUUAGCGAUAUUCACCGAGCGAAGACUGAGGGGACGAAGGAGAGAGUUUCUAUUCCGUUUUUCAUUGGCCUUGCACCGAAGGUUAAUAUCGAGCUCGUAAAGACGUGCGACGAGCCAAACAGGAUCAAGGAGGAUUAUGAAGGUAUCACAGCAGGAGACUGGCUACGGAAGAGGGUGAUGGAUGUGAAGCUCGGGAAACUGGCCAAGGCAACUUAGUCUUGACUUGGUUUCAGAGAGGUCUCGAGACUCUCUGUCACCAUGGCAUUAGCUAGAUAAUGGACCGGUUCAAGCAGGCGCAUUCUCUUGUUUUCAAGACUUCAUUAAGUUCGGGUAUCUUACAGCCGAGCUUAUCCCAAAUCCCCUGCUCUUGAUAUAUACUCUUAUAAACAUCACCUCUUCUCUUUAUGACAAAG